AUGUCGGAUCUACUCUACGGUCGCUUCCCGACCCCAGCUGCUGUUGCCGAGAAUGUCGAGCAGUCAUCGGAGCAUAACAUGCCCCCUCGACUGGUGCAAGAGCUUGACGAUUAUGAGCAGCUAGCGAGUGAUCCGGUAACCCCGCUGCUGGGUGGAGGUGUAGGCCCUCGCCAUGUCGUCGACGAAGUCCCGCAAGAUGUUAUGGAGAGCAUCAUGCAGGAGCUCAUCGCCGAAGGUCACCUCGAGCCCGAAAACAACCAGCCAACGGAAGUUCAUACCCAACCGCCGACUGCCUAUCCGACCGAACCAGUGCAGCAAGCACCAACAUUUUCGGUAGAAGCUGCCGCGCCACAAGACGAUGCCCACAUUCUUUUCGCCCAGAUCCCGGCAUACGACUACACCUUCCACGACGCCCUCCCCAUAAACUUCACAGCCGUCGAGAUCAUCGUCUUCCUCCCGAAAUGGUUCCACAACCGAUGGAUCGCGCGCCGCCUCUGCAACAACAAGAUGACCAACCCGAUCCACCACGAGAUUCUCAAAACCCACUGCUUCUUCGACGAGCGCUGGGACGGCGGCGGGGUCAGCCGGGGCGGGAUCGCGAACGCGUAUCUCGACGCGAUGCGCGGGCACGACUGGAGGAACCUGAGCAAGGAUGAGCAGAAGGACUUGUGGAAUCGGAAGAAUCACAGGACGCCUGCGGAGUGGGAUAAUCGCGAUAUUUCUAUUAACGGCUUCGUGCCGGACCGGAUCCGCGAGCGGAGUCGGCAUCAGCAGCCGCCGUCGGUGCCGUUUAGGGAGCUGUUGAAGGCGGUGAAGAAGGUGCCGGAGGGGGAUGAUACGGCGGAUUUGACGCGUGCGGUUCAGUGGGCGGUCGUGAACGAGUAUGUGGAUGAGCAUGGUCGGAAGGCUGAGUAUCUGUUUCCGGACCAUCUUUCGUGGAUCCUGAACAAUAUAGGUCGGACUCAGGUCACGAAUCAGCAGCUGGACGGUGCGAUCGUGCGUCGCUAUGACAGCGUGGUUCGUGCAAAGGCGGACGCUGCGCGAAUCGAGGCUCAUCGCGCGGCUGAGGCGAGCACCGUUCCCUCUCCUUCUCCAGCUCCACCUCGUCUGCUGGGUUUGCGGCAUGGAGUUUUGCCGUCUCAGUAUCCCCUGAUACCUGACUCACCGGAUGAGCAGCACCGGCCUCUGCCACCUCAGUAUCCACAGAUCCCUGAGGUUCCAGAUACGCAGCAUACGUCUCAGUCUCCACAACCUGCCUUCGCUCAGGCGAUGCAGCCAUCUAUCGUACAACAAGCGCCUGUUACUUUCUCAAACUUCCAGGCGCCAGGGCAGGUAGACAUGUGGUACUCCUCGCCGCUACCCGCCUUCCCCGAGUUGCCCCCGAUGCCACUAUCCCUGAUCCGCAACGAACCAGUUCCCGCGUUGAACGAUGUCUCCGACUUGGCUACGGUGAUCCGCUUCAGCCAGCGCCCCGAGCAACUGCACAACGACUGGUGUUGGGACAUCAACCAUCUCGACGCGAUCGAACAAAUCCUCAAGCAGGAGCAGGCGGAAUUCGAGCAGCGCUUUAAUCUCCAUCCCAUUCCGUUGGAGUUCCGCGGUUGGCAGCACCCUAUCGACACCAGCGUGGAAGUCGAGCGUCACCCUCCUCUAACGUGGGAUGAGAUGCGUGAGUACACUCCUCAGCAACUUCUGCGGGAGUGUCGCGAGGCCGAUGAUUUGGAGGAUGGCGGUGAGUUCGCCCGUGCGGCGCGGUUCGCUGGGCAGCCUGAUCAGGUGGAUACGGAUUGGUAUGUCGGGAAUAUACCGCUGAUCAUGGAUCUGGAGUGGGUAGGGAAAGUGAUGGGGCAUGAGUACGUUCAUCGGUAA